AUGGGUGCUCAGCGUAUGUCUUUCAAGCGCUACGUCGAGGUCGGCCGCAUCGUCCUCAUCUCGAAUGGUGAAUCGAAGGGCAAGAUCGCCACUAUUGUCGAGAUUGUCGACCAAAACAGGGGUGUCAUUGACGGACCAUCUACCGGUGUUCCCCGCCAGGUUAUGGCUUUCCGCGACAUGACCUUGACGCGCUUUGUGAUCAAGGUGCCUCGCGCCUCGGGCACGCCUACCGUGAAGAAGGCGUUCGAAGCUUCGGGUGUGCUUGAGAAGUGGGAGAGCAGCAAGUGGGCCAAGACGCUCAAGGCCCGCGAGGCCCGUAAGAACACUUCUGACUUUGAGCGCUUCAAGAUUCAAGUGCUCAAGAAGCAGCGCCGUAACAUUAUCAACGAGGCGGCCAAGAAUGUCAAGGCAUAA